GGAAGAGAUGAAGUCGACUGCCUCGCUGCGGGCCCUGCACGCCUUUGUGCGAGCCCCACACUACCGUAGCAUUCCCCCGUCCGGCCCCAGCGGCAUUAUCAUCAACCGCGAUGUCCUCAAUCGCCAAUUUCGUGACUUCUACAAAACACUCCAGCACUCUACCCUGGUCGACAAACUGCACCUCAUGGCAGAGCGGCCCGGCGUGGAGUCGAUGCGGGUAGCAGAUCAGCUCGCCUGCGUCGGUCCCGUUUUACUCGGCAUGCCCCUCACCGGUAUGGAGCACCGCGCGACGGAGUUUCACGAUGCCAUGCGCUACGUCCGCGUCGCGGGCGGGCCCACCAACGUCUCCCCCUACCUGCAAGACAACGACGCCUGCCGCUGCCACAGCGGUGACAUCGUGGUGCUGCCGCAGGGGAUCGCCGUCGGGCACGGGCCGCGUACGAACGCCGCGACGCACCAGGUGUUGCGCGAUAUUUUCUGCGCCGGCAGCAACAGCAGUGGUGGCGAAGCGGCGGAGGAGGGGGUCAGCUUUGGGGCGAGUUCGUUUGAGGUGGUGACGUUGGAGCAGGAGGGCGACGCGCCCCCGCUGGGCGACUACUUCGGCUUCGCUGGCAACAACAUCCUGCUGGUGUGGAAAGACGAGCACGGCCUACUGGCGGUGGACCAGCUGCAGCAGCAGCUCGCCAAAACCAAUCAGCAGCUGAAGGUGGUGUACCUGGAGCCUGGAUGUCACUUCUUCACCUUUUACGGCGUCGAUCUCUCGGUGGAUGUGCUCGUGCAGAAAGGGUUUGAAAGGUCCAUGGAUGCGCUGGCAGCGGAAGGACUAAAUCCCAUCUCGGUGCAGUGGUCGGAGAUGGACAAGCUGGGUGUUUCCAUGCGCUCCGCGGUGCUGCCGCUGAAGUUCUUCCAGAGCCCGUCCAGCUCUGGUGGCGUGCUGCAGCGCAGUCGCAGCCGUGUUGGUCGCUGGCAGUCCAAUCAGCUGGCCAAGUAA